AUGAAACUCCUAAUAUUUUUGCUUCUCUUCAAUUUCGUCACGCCAACACCGCAAAAUGUCGAGCUGUUAUACAUGAUGAGCUCGGAGUGGUCCCAAUGGUCGCCGUGGUCAUUUUGCUCGAAUAAUGUCCGUGUAAGGGUGCGCGCUUGUAGUACUGUGAAAGGAUUUAAAUGCAUCGGGCACAACAAGGAGUUCGAAACUUGUGACAAUCGAAAGCCCACCGAGUCGCCGAAAGAAAUCGAUUAUGAUGGCUUUGAUGAUCCGUACUCAGAGGAUCGAAAGCUCGCAAUGUCACAAUUGUACGAGGAUUACGAGAAUGGAGUCGCACAUUCAAAGAUUAAAACGCCAUUCUCAAUGAGAAAAGCCUACCAAACUCGUCCACCGAUCUAUAAGAAGAAAAAUAUUCUCGAUGAAAUGAAUGGUUUCAAAAAACCGUUUGUGAAAUUGAAUGGGCAGAAUUCAAUGAGUCAAAUGUCGACAAUGUCCCCGAAAAUCAUCAAAACGAUAAUGGAAACACAAAGCAUUGCACCAAGUCGAGUCUAUCCAACUACCACAAAAAUCACACAAACUACAACUACAACAAUGGCAACUACUCCCCAAUCAACCCCACCAAUCACUCAUCCAAAACUCCAACCCGUCGACAUAAAAGAAGAGUCGAACAUGAAACCGCUGACCCUCGACGAGAAGUUGGCGUUGCUUAAAGAGAAAAAAGGAAGUGGUACACAACUCCGUUUCUCGCCUACGAGAUUGCCGAAUUAUCAGAGAAAUUUCGAUUAUGAAGAAACUGGGACACAAGAAAUGAUUACGAAAGAUACGCAUCACUCUGGGGAAAUCCGAAAGCCAAUUGUUGAAUAUUCAAUGGAGGAAGACGAGUACGGGCCUGUACAAAUACCGGCUGCAUCCAGAAGCGAAAAGAAAACGGCACGAUUCUACGUGAAUCCGCCAAUCAGGCCAAUGACUACAAGAAGAAUGACAACAGCAAAGACGACAACGACAACCACUACCACGUCGCCGACUACCAAACAGUAUGAAGAAAUUGAAACAAACGAUCCGAAUGAGCAAAUGCCGGUGAUGACAAGCGACGAUUUGAUGGAGUUGGAUAGGAGAAUCGCUUCAAUCGAUGAGAGAGAUGACUCGAUUCCACGAUUGAUGCCAACAAGAUCACCAGUGAUGCCAAAAAACAAGCCACAACGGCAACAAUUUAAAAACGGUGCCCAUUUCUAUCAGAGCUCCUAUCAACCCGUCUCUCAAUACAGAAGACCAGCCCUACCCCAGCCGGCUAUUUUCGACUUUUCCCAAGUUGAAGCGGAAAAACGAGAACGCUUGAGAAACAGGAAAACAAAAAUGGAUAAGGAUAAUUUGGUUUUAUCGGAGACGGGCACCCGGUCGAUUAAUCAAACGAUCGACAAAAUCGGGACAAUCAUCGAGAAAAUGGAAAGUGAUGCUAGGAAACUCGAAAACCCGCUGGAAAUCCCGGAUUUGGAAAGAAUGAACGCAAAAGAGAGGCGAAUUUACAAAGAAACGAGGACAUUGGAAGAGAAAUUGAAGCUCGUUGAGAAACAGAUGCACAAAACCACGAACGACAUUCGACAGAAAGCGCUCGAUGAGGGACAAGCGCCAUUCAUCGAAGGUGACACAGCUCGGGCUCUUUCGUGGAUGAUCGCGAAUAUGACAAGGGAAUUGGAGGGACACGAGCUACCGAUUGUUGACAUCAUUCCGUUAGAGAAAGUCACCGAAUCUUUGGACGAGACAAAGACGAAUAAAAUCAGCGGUGAAGCAAAGGGAAAAGAGGAAAUCACGCAAAAAAUCGCCUCCGAUACGGUAAACGUCGAAUUCGUCGAUCCGAAUCGUUCCAAAGAGGCGCCGAUUUACAACAAAGCGCCAACCGUUUUUCACCAGCCCCUCUUCAAAGCUUUCUCCAGCAAAAUCAGCCAAGAUGGGCCGAUCGACUUGGAUUUGAUUGAAAUGACAGCGAACAAAUUGGAGCGAUUGGUCAAUGAGGAUACAAAACUUGUUAACAAAUGGCCUCUCGACACGAGUAACAAAAGAAAACCGAGUGUUAUCAUCAAAUGGAAAUGGUCAAGAUGGUCGGAAUGGUCGGAAUGCGAUUGUGGUGUGCAGAAAAGGAAACGUGUAUGCAUCGCCAAACGGAGUCGCAAGUUGAGCGAUGUUUUUGACGAGAAUGGGCAGCGAAAACGG